UACUCCAAAGAAUAUAACCGAACAAAGUCAAGCAAAAGCAAAGAGAAAGAUAACCCACUUUGCCAUUUCUUCUCUUCUUCUACUUCUCAGCUUCCUUUUUCUAAACGGUCUCUCUGAUUCUAAGGCAGCAGACAUAGAUAUAGAAGAGUAUUUGAAGAGACAAUUAAAGGAGGUUUUCUUCGCUAUUGGAGAUAGAUAACGAAGAGUUUGCCAAACAUGAAUGAAAAGGCCAACGUUUCUAAAGUACUUAAUGCCAAGCACAGAAAGGUCUUAGAAGGUCUCCUCAAAUUACCAGAAAAUAGGGAGUGUGCUGACUGCAAAAGCAAAGGUCCUCGAUGGGCGAGUGUGAAUCUUGGUAUCUUCAUUUGCAUGCAAUGCUCAGGUGUGCAUAGAAGUCUUGGAGUACACAUAUCAAAGGUAAGAUCUGCCACUCUGGACACAUGGCUCCCAGAGCAAAUUGCUUUAAUCCAAUCUAUGGGGAACAAUAAAUCAAAUAGCUACUGGGAAGCUGAGUUGCCUCCUAAUUAUGAUAGAGUUAGAAUUGAGAAUUUCAUUCGUGCAAAGUAUGAGGAGAAGAGAUGGGUUCCUAGGGAUGGUAAAGCAAAAUUACCUCCAAAGGUGAUCGUGGAGAAGGCUUCAAUUUAUAGAUCAGGACUGGAGGCUAGCCAUAAGGGAAUGGAGAAAAUUAACCAUGUUUUUGAGGAGAGGAAAAUCACUCCUCCUGCAAUUGCAAAUGACAAUAGACCUACUUCUAAAAGUUGUAAACCAGUGUCUGUUAAAACGUCCCAACAGGUUACGAAUGAUACAAAACCACAAGAACCUGUGCAGAACUCAGAUCAACCUAAAAAGGAACAGGUCACACAUGACACAAAACAAGCAGCCUCAAAAGCAGAGUUGGUUAAGAAGGAAGAAAAAGCGACCUCAGUCGCAACACCAGCAAAAGUGGAUUAUGUAACUGAACUUUUUAACUUGCUUUGCACAGAUGAUUCAAGUGGAAACUUCUCCAUGAAGCCCACUGGUGGUCUCCAAUCUGCCAGGGCAGAAUCAACAUCAGGGAGAAGUAAUUCGUCAAAUGUGUUUGAAAGCAAGAUACAACCCAAAUAUGAAGCUGAGAAUAUGUUUAGAGAUCCACCACUGGUUGCAUCAUCUUUAGAGAGACCCCAAAGAGAUACACAUAAUGAUGUCACGAAUCUAUUUGAGAAGUCUAGCAUGAUGUCUCCAUUUUCUGUCCACCAACAAAAGGUUCAUACGUUGUCCCAAAAACAACAGGUCCUCAUGGUGACCGCAGUGAAUUCUAGUGGUGGAUCACAAACCUUUCCUGCCAAUGCACUUCAAUAUAAUGCCAAUGGUGCCCAUUUAUCCAGUCAGAAUUGGGUAAAUAACGGCCAUCAGGUUCCUGGAGUGAUGAUGCCAACCUCUAAUCUACAAAAAUACAUUCAGAUUGGGAGCAACCAGCAAAUGUAUUUGGCAGGGAACUCGGCUAAUGUUCCAGUAUCAAGGUAGGAAUGCUGUGGGAUUCAGCAGAGUCAUCGAGAAAUUGUUAGCAUGUAUGGUCCAGGACCAGUAGCUCAAAUUAAUGGGGCAAUGAAUUUCAGGUCAACUAUGCCUGCUGCGUUCCCAGCCGCUCCAACACAACCUCAAGUAUACUAUGAUUGGUCUUCAUUAACGCCAGGGAUGUUUACAAGACAGUAGUUGGUUGCAUUUUCCUAUUUUAGAUCAGAUAUAGUUAAACUACACAUAUUAUUGCCUAUUUGGUUUACUGCUUUCAUUUGUAUUGAUUUACUACUUUUAUUGAUGUAAUAAAGUUUGAUUCGUAUCAAAUAUAGCAAGAUUAAUCUUUUAAUCCC